GAUUUGGUAGUUUUUUACUUGGAAAUAUGCAACUUCAUUUUAAAGUAGUCUUAAACAUGAUAAAUUAUUUUAUAGAACAAAUCUACAACCGUUCUACUGUAACCGCACUACUGUUAUGUUUAAGAUACAACUAAUAUUAAAACACAAGUACUCCCAGUUUUUUAAAAGGAAAACGAAAGGAACGAAGGCCGCAGUAGCAUCCACACAACAGACAAAAGCUAAUUACAUUUAGCUAAGUUUAAUAAAGUACAUAGUAUAGUUUUUCAAAUAUUAAUCUUUUGAAUUUAUGAAUACGCUGCUUAUAUUAUAAAAAGUUUCAUUUCAAUCCAUUCAAUCUUGCUUCUUGAAAUGCCAUGUUGCCAUGGCAGCAACGACUGUUUUUCGAAUUUAAUUUUACCAAGCGCAAAAGUUAUUAAAUCAAUACAUUUUAAGACUUAAGGACACCGUAAGGAACCACUGUAAUAAUACGAUCUCUAUAUAAUCCUAUAUAUGGGACCCACUUGUUUAAACCUGAGGAAUACUGUGGAAAAAAUUUAAGUGCUCUAGUCAAACAUGAACAGAGAUAUAGUUAAUUUGCGAAAUUAUUUUAACAAGCUUAAUUUACGUAAUGAGAUUUGUUUUAAGAAUAAUAUGAAAAAAAUAGAAAGGUGUAAACCAAAUCUGAAGAAACAAAUCUUGAAAUACGAGGAAACCGAAAACGAUAUUUUUGAUUUUAGUAGCGACAAUUCUGAAGAUUUAAUUGUAAAACACGAUGCCAGUUUUAAACCACAGAUAAAGCCGCAGAAGCCUUCUAAUAACGGAAACAAUAAAAUGAGGCAGAGAAAAGAUAAUAUCGAUGCUGGUGUUGUUAACAAAAAGAGAAAAAUCACACAGGAUAACAAAUUAGUACAGAAUAUAUCUAAUGAAAUAAAGUGUGUUAGUAAUGAUGUAGAUUUUAACUAUAAUAUUAAGACACAAAAUACUGACGACAACAUAAGACCUGCAAGCAAUAUUAACGAACAUCGUACUGAUUUACAAUCUCUUUUAAUUAUGAUGGCUAUAGAUUCUAACGUAGACAAUACCGAAAAAGACGAUGUUUCGUUACUUACCUAUGAAAGAAACGAUUUAGAUGUGGAAACUAAGAAUGAUAAUCAAAUUCCCAUUACACUUAAACAAGAUAACGCCAAAAUAUCAGAAGUACUGUGUAUUAUCCCUUUUAGAACUGAAGCGCAGAAUAGACAUAACUUUUUGGAGAAGAAGUAUUUAAAAAAAUGGAAAAUUUACGCAGAUACAAAGAGACAGAUAAAAGAAAGAGAAAUUGCUAUCAAUAAAUUUUUCGACAAAUUGACGGAGAAAAAGAAUAGUUCGCAACAGUCGAGUGAAUCUGUCAAUAAAACUAAAUUGCAUGUUCGGGACUAUAACACGUACCAACACAGGUACAAAGUGCAACAGAAUAUUAUUGCUUUACAAAAGAUGAAGUUAAAUGAACAAAACAAAAUUAUAGAACAACUUAAAUAUAACAAGAUAGUCGAAUCAUCUAAGAAGUCGUUGGAAACAAUGCGAGACGAAAUUUGUAAAACGUAUUACCAAAUUGAUCGUCAACUAAAGCCGAAGAUCAAAUGUUUAACGAAUGAAUUAAAGAUACGAGAAAUAGAAGAACCAGCUUUAGUACUUCACUGUUUAAAGGUACCGCAAUUUAUACAACGUAUGGAGAAAAGAGCAAGAGAACGCGAGGAAAAGCAUGCGAUGAUUCGAGAGAGACGACGGCAGAUGGAAGAAGAACGGAUUAGGCUAAAACAGCAGUCUGAAUUGGCUAAAGCCGAAAUGGACAAAGAAGAAAAGUUAAAAAUAAUGAAAGAAUUGAGAGAGAAACGAAAGAAGGAAAAAAUAGAAAACAUAAGAAAAAAACAACACGCAGAAAGAAUGAGGGCUCUCAUUGUGAUGGCGGAUUUACAUUAUGAAAAAAAUUUAAUGGCAAAGUACGGAAUUAACCCUUUGAGGAAACUAAUGGCAAUUAAGCUAGAAAAUAUGGAAAAGGCUAAAUCACAUUACUUUUUCCAAGUUAAGAAAAAUGUAUUUUUGCAUUGGUUAUGGCAUACAGAAGAUAUGUGGUUGGAAAGAAAUUACAAAGCGGAAGAUUUCCAUAGAAAAAAAAUAUUACGCAAAACGUUCGACUCUUUUAAACAGAAUCAUCGUAAUUAUAAAUUGAAAUUUCAAGUGGCCGAAGAUUAUUACGAUUUAUAUGUAACACAACUGGUGUUUCGCGAUUUUCGUAAAGGGAUUGAAUUAAUUAAAAAAGAGUAUCAGAUCAAAUGGUACAAGGCUGAACUUUAUCAUAACAGUAAUCUACUUUUCAAAACAUUUACGUGUUGGAGGGCAUUGCCGGCUCUAAAUGCUUUAAUAAGAGAACAAGAAGUCAGAAAGUUACGAUGGCGGGAAAAAGUGUUGCAAGUUGUGCCAGAUUAUAAACCCCCUGAAGAGUAGUUCAGAAACCGUUACAUUAUCUGUAUUAGAUGUGUUUUAAAUAUUAAGUAUACCUUUUAAUUUUUAAGGGAAUUGUUUGUAAUUUUAAGCAUAAUACAUAAACACGAUUUUUAGAGUUUGCUCACUAUUGUUUUUCCACUUAAUUCUAUUGGUUUCUUUUUUCGUCGUGUUAAAAUACUCUCUUAGUAGAUUAAAAAAUUUAAAAGAAACUAACUUGUUUUCUUAAGAUUUUAUUUUCAUGUAAUACAAAAAUAAUAUAAAUCGCAUAAAUAUGAUGGUAAAAUUAACACAAUUUUUCUACACGCUAAAUGUAAUGGAAUCUUAUACAAUGAUUUAAUACUAUGCAGAAAGAAUGGUAAAAUGGUAAAAAGAAUGGUAAAAAAUGGUAGUAAGUAGUAUUAUUAGUAGUAGUAAUGGUAGUAAAAGGUAGUUGAUAGUUAUACGUAGUGUAAUUGCCUUGAAACCUGUUAUAAUUGAGAGAAAAGCUUGUAUUUUUUGCUUUAAUUGAAGAGCAACAAAGUGUUAGAGUAGAAUAGCUCAUAUACCUCUCUCUUUCCCACUUACAUGCUUAUGGAAUGACAUGGUGCACCUUGCCUUGUAGGUAGUACGUGUUAACGACUACUGAACAGUAAGGUGUCA